AUGAAUAAAAAUCUGGAAAAGCAGUCAACACUGGACCUCCAAACUGGAGUAUCAAAGCCGACUUGGCCGACCAUAUCUCUCCAACACCAAUGUACUUAUAACUUACUCAUGCUGACGGCUGAUGAUUACUAUGAAAAAUCUGCUCUCGAAUCACUUCCUCAAGAUUUUCUAAUUAGGAUUAUUUGUGGUGUCGACCAUGAAGAUUUGAAGCAACUUUUUAAUGUUUCUAAAUCAAUCAGAGAAGCUACUGUAAUUGCAAAGCAGUCGUAUUUUGCUUAUAGCACACCAACAAAGGUGAAAGCUUUUCGUACGUCCAUAGAUUUAGAGGAAGCAAGUGAAAUAGACGACAUUGAAGCUCUAAAUGCACCAAGGCAAUUGAGGUCUCACAGGUCAAUCAAUAGGAAGAAACUUGUUGCUAUUUCAGUGGCACUAUUUGAUUGACACGAAAUGUUUGUAAAUAUAGCUUGUAGUAGUAAUAGUGUAGAUUGAAAAGGGGGGAUCUGGUAGUUGGAUCUUUGUACAUGGGUAUGAUUCUUUACAAGCUAUUUCUUCAAAUGUAUCGUUGAAGAUAUGGGUUGUUUUAAGCUUUUGUUAGUAUCUUUAUGUACAUGAGAGAAAGAAAGGGCA